GCAGUGCGGUCACUCUGUUCACGUCCCGUCACGCAAGCAUCGUCGUCCAUUUUUGCCAAGAAGCGAGACGAAAAUUUGUAAAUUAUAGCAGGCGAGUCGCAGAGGACGAAUACCUAUUGACAGUGCAUUUCAGUGGCCUUUGGAAUACUGCUCAAAUAACCAGCAAGCAAUAACUUUACUAAUAUCUACCCAAAAACCUAAACUAAGAACCUAAAUCGAAGUUGGAACGUAAAUGUACGUGCGUAUGUGCCAGCGGAAUAGUGGCACAAUAAAAAAGUAAAUAAAGCGCGUGUGAAGUGGUGCAGAAAGAGAAUACACAGUCGGACGGCAAAACCGAGAAACGUAUUAACCCGACGCUUGAUCAUCCAUCUGCAGCAUCCAUCAUCCGGAAUCGAGGCAAUAAACAGCAGCUAGCGACAAUCAAGCCAACCAUCUAUUCAUCAGCAGAGCACCGAGAAGUAGAACCUCAAUCAUAGCGAUGGCCUGUGCAACCCUGAAACGCGCCCUAGACUGGGAGUCGAUGAACCAGCGUCCUCCGAAGCGCCGCCGCUGCAAUCCAUUUGGGCAGGCCGGGAACAACGCCGGUCCAUCGUCGCCGUCCCGUGACCGCGAUGGUCCCAGCACCUCGGCUGGACUGCCCCACACGCCCAGCAACCGAUUCGCCAAGGACAACACCGAACCCAGUCCGUUCAGCGAGGCGUCGCUGGCCAAAAUGUCACCAGACAAAAUGGCCGAGAGCUUGUGCAACGAGAUUAAGAGACUGCACAAGCGCAAACAGCUGCCGAUCACCUCGUCGGCCUUGGAGCGCAUGCAGGAUUCGGAGUCCAGCGGAUCGGAGAUGGGUCCGGAGAGUCCGCGUCGCCCGGACAGCCCACAGAACCUGAUGCGCCACGGCGAGAAGGCACUGUUUACGUUCAAGCAGGUGCAGCUCAUCUGCGAGAGCAUGAUCAAGGAGCGCGAGAAUCAGCUGAGGGAGCGCUACGAGUCCGUGCUGACCACUAAGCUGGCCGAACAGUACGAUGCCUUCGUCAAGUUCACAUAUGAUCAGAUACAGCGUCGCUACGAGGCAGCGCCUAGCUACCUGUCGUAAAGCUGUGUAGGCAGCUGGAGCCUCA